AUGGGCAGGGCGCAGCUGAGGAGACUGCAGAGGAGGCUGGGCAGGGCGCAGCUGAGGAGACUGCAGAGGAGGCUGGGCAGGGCGCAGCUGAGGAGACUGCAGAGGAGGCUGAGCAGGGCGCAGCUGAGGAGACUGCAGAGGAGGCUGAGCAGGGUGCAGCUGAGGAGACUGCAGAGGAGGCUGAGCAGGGUGCAGCUGAGGAGACUGCAGAGGAGGCUGGGCAGGGCGCAGCUGAGGAGACUGCAGAGGAGGCUGGGCAGGGCGCAGCUGAGGAGACUGCAGAGGAGGCUGGGCAGGGCGCAGCUGAGGAGACUGCAGAGGAGGCUGAGCAGGGCGCAGCUGAGGAGACUGCAGAGGAGGCUGAGCAGGGUGCAGCUGAGGAGACUGCAGAGGAGGCUGGGCAGGGCGCAGCUGAGGAGACUGCAGAGGAGGCUGGGCAGGGCGCAGCUGAGGAGACUGCAGAGGAGGCUGAGCAGGGCGCAGCUGAGGAGACUGCAGAGGAGGCUGAGCAGGGUGCAGCUGAGGAGACUGCAGAGGAGGCUGGGCAGGGCGCAGCUGUCCUUGACUGGAUGUGGGUGGCUGCAGUGA